AUGGGGAAGGAAAAGAUUCACAUCAACAUCGUGGUGAUCGGCCACGUGGACUCGGGCAAGUCCACGAGCACCGGCCACCUGAUCUACAAAUGCGGAGGCAUUGACAAGAGGACCAUCGAGAAGUUUGAAAAGGAGGCUGCGGAGAUGGGUAAGGGCUCGUUCAAGUACGCGUGGGUGCUGGACAAGCUGAAGGCGGAGCGCGAACGAGGCAUCACCAUCGACAUCUCCCUCUGGAAGUUCGAGACGUCCAAAUAUUACGUGACCAUCAUCGAUGCCCCGGGUCACCGCGACUUCAUCAAAAACAUGAUCACCGGUACCUCGCAGGCGGACUGCGCGGUGCUCGUUGUGGCUGCCGGCGUGGGCGAGUUCGAGGCGGGCAUCUCCAAGAACGGUCAGACGCGCGAACACGCGCUGCUCGCCUUCACGCUCGGGGUGAAGCAGCUCAUCGUGGGAGUCAACAAGAUGGACUCGACGGAGCCGCCGUUCAGCAGCGGGCGCUUCGACGAGAUCGUCAAGGAAGUGAGCUCGUACAUCAAGAAGAUCGGCUACAACCCGGCGGCGGUCGCCUUCGUGCCCAUCUCCGGCUGGCACGGUGACAACAUGCUGGAGUCGAGCAAGAACAUGCCCUGGUUCAAGGGCUGGAAGGUAACACGUAAGGAGGGCAACGCGACCGGCACCACCCUGCUGGAAGCCCUCGACUCCAUCCUGCCCCCGUCGCGUCCCACCGACAAACCUCUGCGCCUGCCACUGCAGGACGUCUACAAGAUCGGCGGUAUCGGCACGGUGCCCGUGGGCCGCGUGGAGACCGGCAUCCUCAAGCCCGGCAUGGUGGUGACGUUCGCACCGACCACCCUGACCACGGAGGUCAAGUCCGUGGAAAUGCACCACGAGGCCCUGACCGAGGCCUUCCCCGGGGAUAACGUGGGCUUCAACGUGAAAAACGUCUCCGUCAAGGAAAUCCGACGUGGCAACGUUGCCGGCGACAGCAAGACCGACCCGCCGCGCGGCUGCGACAGCUUCACGGCGCAGGUCAUCGUGCUCAACCACCCGGGCCAGAUCCAGGCCGGCUAUUCGCCCGUCGUCGACUGCCACACGGCGCACAUCGCCUGCAAGUUCUCGGAGCUCAAGGAGAAGAUCGACCGUCGCUCGGGCAAGAAGCUCGAGGACUCUCCCAAGUUCCUCAAGUCUGGGGACGCGGCGAUGAUCGAGAUGAUGCCCGGCAAGCCGAUGUGCGUGGAGAGCUUCUCGCAGUAUCCCCCCCCAGGGCGCUUUGCGGUGCGGGACAUGAGGCAGACGGUGGCCGUGGGCGUCAUCAAGGCCGUGACCAAGAAGGUGGGCGAAUCGGCCAAGGUGACCAAGUCUGCAAGCAAGGCCAUGAAGGGCAAGUGA